AUGUUUUCUGUAUUUUCUAGUUCGGGGAACAGACACAGUCUCUAUAGAGUGAUAUCUAGGUGAAAAAGUUUCUAUGUGCUGAGAGUUAACUGACUUUGGUGGCGUGAGGCGGCUAGCAGACGAUCGGUUUAGCCAGUCUGUCUGCUUCCUGACCUGGGCUCCAGUUAGUCAAGUACUAAAGCCAGUCAUUCCUAGAAAAGUCAUCAUUUGUCCUACUGUUUGAGGCAAUGGUGUUUUACUUAUGCCUUCCAAUUGAGCUGGAGCUAUAGCUCGUGUGCCAAAUGCAAUCAAUCGUCCUAAGUAUUCAAGUUGAGGCUGACAAUAUUGUAUUUUGUUUUUUGAUACUUUAUGACCUUCUUGUGCUAAUUUUGUUAGGACUUUGAUAGAAUCUUUAUGACAUUGUUCUAGUGAUGUAGCACAAAGAAUCAAAUCAUCUACAUACUGUAACAGAGUACUAUCUAUCAUAAGAUCCUCCAAAUCAGCCUUAAGAACUUGAUUAAAUAAAUGUGGCGAAUGUUUAAAUCCUUGAGGAAUUCUCGUGUAAGUAUACUGUUUACCAGCAUAUGUAAAUGCAAAUAAAUAUCUAUGGCGUAAAAUCUGUGCCAUUAAUAACCGAGCGCACCACUUAUGCUGGCGCGCGCGGUAAAUCACUUCCGCGAGAGGAAAAUAGAUCUGCACGUGAGGAAACGGGAGCCCGCGAGCUAAUUUCAAACACUCGCGCGCGCGUCACUCGUCCUCUGCGCGCAAUACAAGCCCUCGCGCGCGCGUGAUCAUCCCCCACACCCUCGCGCUCGAUCUUCUCUCACCUGCUCGCGCGAACACUUCUAUUUUUGUCAGUCGUGGGGCGGGGCUUGCUGUUUUAAUUGUUAUCUCUAACGCCAUUGGUUACUUCCCCUUUUCCGGAAGUCAGCUGUGAUUGGACGCCUGUGAUUGUCAAUCAGGUUUUGCGGUCAAGAUGGAUGCUCAAAGAGAGCAAAUUCUGAAAAGGCAUCUUUUGGAGGACCUUCUCUUAAAGUUUGAGAGAGCACUUUUGAGAUCUCCACUUGACGUGGAUUACCUGGAGUUUGUGUGCCGCCAGCAGCUGUACCUCCUGCAAGCACUCUCAAGACAUGUGGAAAUAUCCCACGAAAUCAUUCAGGCUUUGCAGGAAGUGUUUGAACUCGUCCGACAACCGUCAUAUUCCACUGCUUCACAUGCAGUGGUAGAUUCAACUGUUGGUCUGAGAGGUCGUCCAAGGUUUGCAAUUGAAAGAGAAGAGUUAGCCGAGAUGCUGCAGACAAACCUUCCUGUGCAUUACAUUGCAAAAAUGAUGGGCGUUUCCACUAGAACCAUCUUUAGAAGAAUGAAUGAUUUUGGCCUUUCCGUCUCAGGGCUGUACAGCUGCAUCACUGAAGAGGAGUUGGAUAAUGCUGUGAGAGCCAUUAAGGAUGACAUGCCUGCUGCUGGUUACAGAAUGGUCAGAGGGAGGUUGUUGUCUUUAGGCAUACGUGUGCAAUGGCCAAGAAUAGCUGCCUCAAUGCACAGAGUCGAUUCAAUUGGAAUCCUUUCAAGAUUGGCUAGAUUGGGAUGUGUGGUGCGAAGAACGUACUCUGUUCCAGGGCCCCUUUCCCUUGUGCACAUAGACACAAAUCAUAAAUUGAUACGAUACAACAUCAUAAUAUUUGGUGGUGUGGAUGGUUAUUCCAGGAAGGUUAUGUACCUGAAUGCAGCAAACAAUAACCAGGCAUCAACAGCAUACCACUUCUUCUCCGAGGCAGUUCAAAAAUUUGGUUUACCUUCAAGGGUGAGGGGAGACCAAGGAGUGGAAAAUGUACAGAUAGCCAGGUUCAUGUUUUCCUCAAGAGGUACUGACCGGGGAAGUUUCAUAGCCGGUAAAAGUGUCCACAAUCAAAGGAUUGAGCGCCUUUGGCGUGAUGUCAGAAUCCUGGUGACCAACAAGUACACGGACAUGCUGCGCUCACUGGAGGAGGAAGGAUUGCUCGACUUAUCAGUGGUCAAGGACCUUUUCUGUGUGCACUACACUUUUCUUCCAAGACUUCAGGCAGACUUGGACACAUUUGCAGAAGCCUGGAAUCAUCAUCCACUCUCCUCAGAAGGCAAUCGAAGUCCAGAGCAGCUAUGGCAGAUUGGACUGAUGCACACACGUACUGGCCAAUCAGAGAGUUCCGAGGACAUUGAAGAGCAAGACCUGGAUUGGGACAUGGCAGCUUCUUAUGAUGCCUGUGAAGACUUGGGAGUUGUUGUUCCAGAAUUUGAAUGCCCUCUGAGUUCAGAUGGAUUGAGGGCCCUUGAACACCUGCUGAAUUCAACUGGUCCUAAUGUCCCUGUCAAAGAACUGUAUUUGCUUUGUCGGGAGUUUGUUGCAAGAAAUCUGUCAUAGUAAUUUAAAAGAAAA